AUGAGCACCAACCUAACAUGCAAAACAGACACCAAGGAACGCCCAUACGAAUGCAAUGUCUGCCACAAGCGCUUCUCUCGGAGCGAUGUCUUGAGCCGACAUGCCAAGGGCCAUAAUCAAGCCGACGCGGCAGCGGGUCCACCAGUACCAAACCAGCGGUCAUCAUUGAUUGCAGGUACAUCGUCAAUGCUCGUCGGAUCAGGAGAUGAUUACAUCGGCGUAGAAGCACAGAUGCCAGCUCUCAUGGCUCCGAGAGGGGCGCCUCUCCCAUCCGGGCUCCCAUCGUCCCUGGAUUAUCUUGCCGAUAUCUCAGCCCACCAUGGCCGCGUCGAGUCAGAGAUCGGCGCAAUGGUCAUGGACGAACAGCAGCCGUAUUUUGGCUGGAAUGAAGUCACGCCGGCGGAUCAAGCGUCACAUCGAGCUGGCUUGGCCUUUGACCCUGUGCCGAAAGAUAUGCUACAAAUGUGGCUUGAGCCUCGCGAUUCAGCAUCAAAUGGCUCGCUGGAUCCCAUGCGCGAUAGCCAAUUUCCUUCGAUGAGUGGUAAUUGCAUGCUCCCCUCGGACCAGCAGGGUCAGCAUACAGCCGAUAGCAGCGGCAACAUUCCCAAUGAGCGGUUUGAUAGAGUUCAGCGGUGCUGGUUGGCCCCAUCGAAUACUGGACGUCUCAUCAAUAGCUUGUGGGGGGAUAUCACUCUCUCCUCUGUGGACAAUAUCUUUUCUAUUCAUUCGUUAUAUUAUUCCGGUGAGCCGGAUGUCAGUCAAGCAUUACGGCGCGGAUUCGACGAGGAAUGCAGACGACGUCUGCAGGCAGCUUUUGGGGAGAUGACUCCUUCACAUAUGCAAUCUCUCAUGAAUAGAGGUCAUCCAGACACGCCUGUCUCGACUUUGAAUCAUUCUGAAUUUCCUCCUGCUGAGAUCCUUGAUAUGGCAUUAGACCUAUUCUUCCGUCUCUUCCAUCCGCUCCUGUCGUUUGUCCACCUUCCGACCUUUUCGGCGAGGAAAACGCGUCCAUCUUUAUUAUAUGUCAUGACGCUGAUAGGCAUGACAUUGCUUGGUACUAAAGGAACAACAGCUUUUGUGUCCAGGAAUUUCUCGGCAAGUCCAACAUUAUCAAAUAGUGCCUUAGAGAAGGUUUCCACUGAAUUUGCUCGAUGCUCAGUGGGACUUGAGAGCGCUUCUGGGACGAUGACCUUAUUUGCGACAGCUUUGCUCUUAUUGAACUUGGCUGGUCUGACAGGGGAAAAAGAUCACCUAGAACAAUGUCAACCACUGUAUAUCAAUGUCAUAUCUGUUGCCCAAAGGCAUGGGCUAUUUUCUGCCUCCGAAGGGCAAAUCCUUGACAAGACUCUAUUCGAAAGAGUUCCUGAUACUGACAUGAGAUGGAAGGCUUGGAGCAAAGUCGAGUCAACCAAGAGAAUAAUCAUCGGACUUCUUCUCUUGGAUUCUUGGUACUCCUCAUUCCUCUCGACAGGUCCAAUCAUAGUUCCAGACUCGAUCCAACUCAUACUGCCCUGCAGCGAAUCCCUCUUCCAGGCUCACUCCUCUGUACAAUGGACCCAUAUAGUCCGAAACGGCAAGCGUAUCAUCUCAUCAACAAUCCUCGCACCGUCUGAGAACGUCGACAUCCCCACCUUAGAUACUCCCGCAGAUGGCUACUCUAUCCAAGCGGUACUGGCAAUAAUUCACAUCCGUCAACUAGAAGCCUACCACCGCCUUCUGUCCAAUAGAUCCAGCUACCCUUUCGCCCCAUGCCACACUUACGCCAUGGAUGGCAGAGCCAGAUGUCUCCCCUCACUUCAAUCCCAACUUAUCGCAAACUACGGCGACCCCCUCGACCGCCUGAACCCCAACUCUCUCAUCAUGUGGCACUAUAUGUGCAUGACUCUCACGGCCGAUCUCCAAAUAUUCGACCUCGCCGCUGGCCGCGCAGGCCCGGCUCCUGCGCGCAAGGCCCUAGACGACAUCCGCGAGUGGUCGCAAACACCUGCAGCCAGACGCGCGUGUCUUCAUGCUGCACAUAUCUACAAAGUCAUGGCGAACCGCAAAACCUCCGACCAUUCUACGUUCCAAUCUAUGUUUUCGCUCUUCUCAGCUGGUCUAGUCCUCGGCCUGUAUACAUUCAUGGUGGCGGAAUCGACGAGUUCGUCGUCCAGUGUCGAGUCAGUGGAGUUGAUGGAGGACGUUGGCUGGAGGUUAGUAGGGACGGAGGGGUUCACGAGCUUCAUGGAGCCUGAAGGGAGUCAAUCUUUCGCACCGGCUGAUGACCCUGCUGUGAACUUUAUUCGCAACGGGGCUACUAUCUACUUGCGAGGCUCGUCGCUCCAGGGUGGAUAUCAGUCCGCACGUCGGAUUCUCCUCGAUUAUGCCUCCCUUCUCAAAGACUCCGGAAAGUGGAGUGUCAAGAAGUUCUCUUACAUUCUAUACAUUAUGAGCGAUGUCCUCAUGGAUGUGGAAUGA